AUCAUCUGGCAAAUUGAUCUUCCAUCUUCUUUCUUUUUUCCUUCUUUGCAGAGGUUCCUGAGGAUCGAGAGCUCGGUUCAUGCAGAUUAAGCAAAUCUUAGAGAAAAAAUUCCCGGACAAACUGGACAUUACGGGGGAAGUUGCCGAGGGUGGGACCUUCGAAGUGGUUCUGCCAGAACCUGACAUAGUUUUGCAUUCCAAGAAGAAUGGCGGUGGCUACGUGGACACCGAGGACAAGAUAAAGGCCAUCUGCGAAGGUAUCAAGAAGUACCUCAAGACCAAGUCCCCGAAAGCCAGCCCUUUGGCCCGGAAACUCUUGAAGAAGCAAGAACUGGGCCAUGCUAGCCGGAGACUGGAAGCGAAACCGGAAGCGAAACUGGAAGCGAAACCAAAAGCGAAACUGGAAGCGAUUCCAGAAUUGAAACCGGAAGACGAGCCGGAAGUGAAAGAACCAUCGCGGACGGAUUUGUCGCCUUCUCCAGAGGUGGAGAAGACGACAGAAGAGCUCGUCUUGACCAAGACCCCCAAUGAUUUAGACAGCCCCACCCCCAGCUGA